GCAGGAACGUCUUAUGUAGAGUCCCAACAGAGGCCGAUGCUCCUACUAGACGACUUGGACCACCAGCAGCAGCAGAAGCAACAAGCAAGGGACCAUGAUGAUCACGAAGACGACUUCGAACCCGCUGCUGAACCAAGCUCCACUUCAUCGAACGUCGAGUUGUACGACUCCUUUGAAGAGGCUGUAUGGUUGGAGAGCCGCACAGUGGCGGUCCUCCCUGAGCGAUUGGCAGUGGACCCUAUAUUGCACAGCGGUGCUGUCAGCACAGCGCCUAGCAGUCGCCCACAUUCGCCAGGAAUGUACAAGUCUCAACAACCAUCUGAGUCCCCUUCCUCUAAGAUCGGCUCUGCGAGGUCGGCUUGUGCCAAUCAGCCCACAUCGUUCGAUGCUCCCGACACCAAGGAAGAUCGCCCGAGGUCUCCCUAUGAACAAACCAACUCCUGGACACCAACACCGAGGAAAGUCGAGUACCACGGCACAUCCCGGGCAAUGUCGCAUCAGCUAUCUAAGUCGGAGAGGUGCCCACCCAAACAAAGAAUAUCACACUUCUCACCAACUCAACAGCAUCAGGCGACCUCAGUGAAGGUCUUGCCCACUGUUAGGGUCAUACAUGUGGCCGCCUCUCCCUCGUCACCCAUGGCCUUCUCACCAAGACGUAUAACAUCGCCGAUGCUGCAAUGGCGAUCCCCUCAACCUCUAUCUCCUCUCAAGUCGCCCUUCCUGAGGCCUCGCACCAUACAGUCGUACCUCCCUACGGCCAGAAGUCAACCUAUGUAUGUUAACUGGCCUCCUCCUUAUCAAAGACAGGUACGUCAUGUGUAUCCCCCAUUCGGGCGUACCAUGACAGGUUAUGGUAAAGUAUCGACGACGCCG